CGCUAAUUGUGUCCUCGCGCUCCCUCCCAGUCACGGGGAAUAUGUACUUCACUUCCGCUAUCUUCUUCCUUGUUCGACGUGUCAAGUCAGACGGCGAGGCUUGGAGCGUUGGCUACAUGCGAGAGAAUAACUGUAUAUGAAGCGCCAACUUCCAAUGUCCUAGCUACCACUACUCCGUAGUUAAAACAGACUGGUGAAGCGGGGAACGAGAGCCAACGCUUGCAAGCCCCAGCCUCCAGUUUUCAUAUCCAACUCCCUAGUUAACUACCCCUCUGCUACGUGGGCACCUGCUUCGUUACAAAUCACACACAUUUUCAAAGCUUCCACAGAGCUCUUUUUGGCAUCAAGUCCUGUCUCGUUCAUCACCGCUUUGCAGCCCCUCUCCUCAUUACUUCUCCUUGAGAGGGGCUCGCCGGACUUGCCCGCCAGCAGCGACGCAGCCCUCAUGGCUUCUCCCGCUCAAUGUUUCUACUGUUUUGAAUGUCUAUCUGCUGUCUUUAACGGCACAGAUGCUCCUAGUCUUGCAGUGGUAGAAGACCUGUGGGAAGCAUUCGAAUCUACGAAAGAUCUUGCUUUGCGAGCCAAUUUUCAGGAUCCUGCAGAUCACCUGGACAACGGCGAAACGGUUGCGAAUGGAGAUCGUUCAGAAAUGCGAAACGAUGACUGCGACGAAUCUGACGAUGGAGCUGAAAUUACAAACCCCCCUCAGAGGAUGCAAUUGCCUAGCAUUAGCCGCCUUCAAGGGGUCUCGUCAUCCCACUCGUCCAACUCAUCUACCCCUUCUGCACUCUCCCAUAGCUCCUCGCGCUCCGCCUUGACAAGCGCAUCUUCUACAACCUCUAUUAGUCCAAGAGCCUCUUCUUUGUUCUCACGAUCAAAAGGAACUGCGCCAAAUUUUUCAACUGAUACUGCUGACAUGUCAUACCCAUUAUUCGUCACCUGGAACACCCUCUCCACCAGCGGUCAUAAAUCGCUUCGCGGCUGCAUAGGUACAUUUGAGCCACAGGAACUGGCCGCUGGCUUGAAAUCGUACGCACUCACAUCUGCUUUCGGUGACACGCGUUUCCCGCCUAUCCCAGCAUCCCUACUUCCUUCCCUUUCUUGUUCUCUAACCCUCCUCUCCUCUUUUGAACCCUGCUCCCAUGCUCUCGACUGGACCCUGGGCACCCACGGCCUACGAAUAUCUUUUAUAUACCGCGGAAGACGGUUAGGCGCUACCUACCUUCCUGAUGUAGCCGUUGAGCAAGGCUGGACGAAGGAAGAAGCCGUGGAAAGCUUAAUGAGAAAAGCAGGCUGGGAGGGCUACAGUAGCAGCAGUGCUGGCGGUAGGGUGGCACGCAGAUUUCUUCGAGGAACUGCGAAUUCAUCAGCCAGUGCAAACUAUGCGACGGGGAAACCGUGGGAGGACGUUUCUGAGUUUAAAACGGUUAGGUAUCAAGGGCUGAAGGCGAGUGCCACUUUUUCAGAAUGGCAGGAGUGGAGGAAGUGGGUGGAGUCGUCCGGCAGCCGACGGGAACUUCUAGAGUCGUGCAUGUGAAUGAUUUGGAGAUAUAUUAUUUGUUCUUUCUCCCUUCUGUCCCCUCUUCUUUUCGAUCUCCAAUUCCUUUUUUCAUGUUAUUUUUUCUUCUCCAUCCUUAAUUCCCAUGAUUUCCGAUAUAUCCUGCCCGGUUCUUUUUCUAUUCAUAGAAUUCCAAUAUUAUUAAACUAACAUAAAUGGAGGCUGAUUGUGGUACCUACUUCUUUAAUAUAUGAUUAUUCCGGUUACAGGACACUCGCGGAUAAUUGUUUACAUUAUAAUUACGCGUAGAGUUUGUCAUCGCGAAUUAUUUUGGUAAUGUUUCCACUUCAGCAGACUGGGCUACAGCAUCCCAACUCAGCUUUGUAGCUGCUCGCAUUUUCUAGCUGUCGGCCGCAAAACCACUCCAUCACGAUUCGCUUCGCGUCGGGAAGGGUUUCGGCUGGCAAUGAACUGAAUUGCUACGUGGUUAGGCAUUGGUCAAUUUACUCAUCUUCAGUGUAUAUAUUUUCUCAUAAUCCCAGUGCCGUAAAUGAUAUAAUUUGCACUCAAAUAAGUAGUAAAUAUUUGACAGGAUAAAACAAGGAUGUAAAUUGAUUCCCAAGGGAGGAUGCCACAUAAGAAAAGCACUGCAAUUGGUAUAUAUUCUCCAUUCUGAGGAGGGAAGAGAAA